CUGCGCUAACUCGCCACGACUCGCCACGUGGUCGACUUUUCACAAAAAGAAUGCUGAGGAAGGGUCAUUUCUUUUCAAAAAUGGCAUCCCCUUUAGCUGAAACACUCAUGGGUGCAAAUCCCACCAGUAACGAGCCCCAGAAACGUCCGGGAGUAGCUGCUAUAAAAUCAGAUGUCUAUUUUUCAGAUAUGUUGUCAAGCCAUCAGGCGAGCCCAAAAGUACUGAAGCAGGUUCUGCUGAUGACACAGGUUCUGAGCAACCCCCUCCAGCCAAGAAAAGAAGGCGUGGUCAAAACAAGCACCGCCCUCGUCCGGCUAUGCUAGCUACUUCUGACAUGCUUUGCUCACACCUGUACUCCCCUAAUGAAGAUUCCACAACCAAAUGCCCUUUCGGAGACAGGUGUAGAUACAUGCAUGACCUCCAGAGCUUUAUGAAUGCCAAGCCUCCUGAUAUCAGUGAGAAUUGUUACCUCUUCAAGUCAUAUGGAAAAUGUCCAUAUGGCGUAGCUUGUCGAUAUGGAGCUAAACAUUUGACUGUCGAUCUCAAAAACAUUGUCAAUGAAGAUAUAUACGAUUCUACGAGAGCAAAGAGUACAUUCAACGUUCUGUCUAAAGUGCUGCAAGAACAAUUGCGGAAAAGAACAUUUGAGUUUGUGAGGAGUGAAGCACAUCUAGGUCGAAUUAAACAGCCUGUGAGCAAGGAAACCACUGACUCAACACAUGUUAAUAACUUGCAGAGUGCACAGUUAGUAGAAGGUGUACCUGCUCAAGAGGAUUGUGUUGCAGCUCGUUGUACUGUAUCUGAGGAUGUACCGCUGGGUGGAAAGACUGAUGAGGGGGUAAUUAAACUGAGACCAGAUGAAAAGAAAAAGUUUGACAUAAGAGGAAAGCUCUAUCUUGCUCCGUUGACAACGGUGGGUAAUCUUCCGUUCAGGCGUGUCUGUAAAGAACUUGGUGCUGAUGUAACUUGUGGUGAAAUGGCAAUGGCAACCAAAUUAUUGCAGGGUCAGCAGAGUGAGUGGGCUCUUAUUAAGAGACACGAGUCGGAGGACUUGUUUGGUGUGCAAGUAUGUGGGGCUCACAUUGACACGAUGACACGAUGUGCCGAGCUCAUCAAUUCUCAGGCUAACGUAGACUUUGUUGACAUCAACAUUGGCUGUCCCAUCGACAUAGUCUUCAAAAAGGGUGCUGGCUCUGCUCUAAUGGGCCGGGCCACACGGUUUGAGGGUAUAGUGCGAGGUAUGACUGAGGUAUUAGACUUCCCUCUGACAGUGAAGAUGAGAACUGGCAUCUACAGCAAGACUUCAACCGCACAUAAACUUAUUCCUAAGCUCAGAGAUGGAGGAGUGUCUCUUGUGACGCUCCAUGGUCGGUCUCGUGAGCAGCGCUAUACCAAGAUGGCUGACUGGGAGUACAUCAACAGCUGUGCCCUUGCUGCCAGUCCCAUGCCCCUGUUCGGCAAUGGAGAUAUUCUUUCGUUUGAAGACUACAAUCAACAAGUGGCAGGUGGAAACAUUGCUGGGACCAUGAUUGCAAGAGGAGCGCUGAUCAAACCGUGGAUAUUCACUGAGAUCAAGGAACAGAGGCACUGGGAUAUUUCCUCAUCAGAGCGUCUAGAUAUUCUCAGACGUUACGUGAACUAUGGUCUUGAGCACUGGGGCUCAGAUACACAGGGUGUGGAGAAUACUAGGAAGUUUCUGAUGGAAUGGCUCAGCUUUUUGUACAGGUAUAUUCCUGUGGGUGUAUUGGAGACAGUGCCACAACGAAUCAAUGAGCGACCACCAACGUUUGUUGGUCGUGAUGAGCUUGAAACCCUGAUGGCUUCCAGCAAUUGUCAAGAUUGGAUCAAAAUCAGUGAGAUACUAUUGGGCCCAGUCCCUCAGUCCUUCUCCUUCAUGCCCAAGCACAAGGCAAACUCGUACAGCUAGAUGAGUGACUGUAUACAGACUUAAUUGCUUUGUCACGAUGAUUGUGCAAUGAAAAUUCUUCCAAGCAGAACAAUUCACAUAAUAAUAUUAUAGGUACAAUGUGUAAUUACUGGUACAUAAAAUAAAAUAAGAAGCUGUUUGAAAAUACAA